AUGACGAGGAAUUCAAGGAACAAGUUCAUGAUUGAUUUAGUUUUACACAAUGACACUCAAGAAGUAUCCAUUGGCAUAGAUGAAUCUGAAACGUAUAAAGAAAAUAUCAACAAUACCAAUAAACUUCCAAAUAAUGACGAUGGCACCAGGCCAGGGCCACUAGAACCUUCAAAUGAAGACGAUUUUAUUGAAAAUAGUGACGAUAGCGUAAAGGAUCCCAAUUUUAUUAUUGAUCCAGGUAUGCUAAGAAGAAGAUUUUUUUGUAAUAGCCAGGAAGAAAUAACUGAUAACUUAUCGUUUGAAUCUAUAAAUAUACUACAGCAGGAAGUUCAGUUCAAUUCUGAAAAGAUUCCUAACUACGACUCCAUUCAUCUUCAAGCUCAUUGUCGAGCUCCAGUUCAUUCUCUAGUUCUUGCUCAUCUUCUGGUUCAAGCUCCAGUAUUCUGCGUUCAAAUUCUGCAAUAUUACCAUCAAGCUCUACGGCCAAUGUCUCAUUCUUGUCGAUCGCAGUUUCUCAAGGCAAAAAGGAACCAGAAUCGAAUCAUGAAAUAA